UACCUCUCUCUGGUCCCAACGACCCCUUCUCCCUUCUCGAACUCCAGCUGGCCACCCAGCUACCACCAAGCUACUGUCGCUCGCUCACCAAUCCCCCCGUCUUGCCCGACUACACGCCAGCGCCAUGGAUGGUUAGCUAGCUAGCUCUUGCGCUCUUGUGCAAUCCCUUCCUCUGGGACUUGUCGUCAUGGAGAGGCAGCGGGUGGUGGUGGUGGUGGAGGAGGCCCCGGCGUCGCGCGCGGCGCUGCAGUGGGCCGUGCGCAACUUCAUCCGGGCCGGCGACUCCAUCGCGCUGCUGCACGUGUGCGCGCCGGCCCGCUCCAGGCGCCGCCGCCGGCGCCUCCGCCUCCAAGGCUUCCAGCUCGCGCUCGCCUUCAGGGACCUCUGCGACGGCGGCGUCGCGGAGGCCAUGGUGGAGAUCGUGGUGCGGGAGGGGGAGCUCGCGCCGACGGUGGCCGCGGCCGUGGCGCAGCUCCGGGCCUCCACGCUCGUCGUCGGCCUCCACGACAAGAGCUUCCUCUACGGGUCGCCGAGCCCGUACGAGGGCGCGGGCGGGCUGGGGUGCCGGGUGCUGGCCGUCCGGCAGCACGCGACGGCGCGGCGCGGGGCCGUGGAGGCGGAGCUCACCCAGGUGGAGACCAUACGGCUGCACGUGCCGCCGCCCAAGAUCCCGUUCCCGAUCUUCGCGCUGCCGCUGGGGGUGAUCUGGCGGCGAUCGUCGUCGUCGUCGUCAAAGAAGAGGAGAUGAAUGAACGCACGCCGACAUCUCCGGACGGACUUGUGUCUCAACCUGCAAGUUCAUCCAUCCAACCUCCUCUGCUUGCUAGCCCUGUACAGACAGACAUCAUUUUUUUUUCUUUUUGCCAUAAAUCUUUCUUCUUCUUCUUUCAUAGCUCA